AAACCGUAAACUAGGGCUAAAUUUGUUGCGAAUCGUUGAAGAAAUCCCUUUCGCCCCCAAAUCAAAAAUCAGCACAAAAGUCCAGCUGCUGCUCUCGAUUCUCCGCCAUGACCGGAAAAGCCAAGCCGAAGAAGCACACCGCGAAGGAACUCGCCGCCAAACUCGACGCCGCCACCACCAACCGCGGCGGCGGAAAGGCCGGCCUCGCCGAUCGCACCGGCAAAGAGAAAGGCGGCCACGCCAAGCUGGAGUGCCCCCUCUGCAAGGUCACCGCCCCCGAUAUCAAGUCUAUGCAGAUCCACCACGAUGCUCGCCAUCCUAAGAUCCCCUUCGACGAUACCAAGCUCAAUAAUCUCCACUCCACCGCCCCCGCCGCCGCCGCCGAGACCUCCAAGCCCAAGCCUGGCGUCCGCGGCAGCUUGAAGAAGUGAAAUUUUCUUCUCUAUCCCCUUUUCCCCUGCUUUUAUGCUCUAUUUUCACGUCAAACAGGGGAGAGAGAAAGGAGAGAGAAGAGGCCGCUGCCUGUUGUCUGUGGCUUAUAGUAAUAAUUGUUUGGCUCCGUUGUUCCGUCUUGCUGUAUUAUCAUGCUUGCUUAUGACUUGUUACAGUUGUUUUGUAUUGAUACUUGCAGCUGCCUUAGUUGGAUUCAUGAAUCCAUCCUUCUAGUUGUGUGGUUUUUUGCUAA